UGAUACCACGAUCGUCAAUUGCUGCGUCUGGUUGGAUCAUUGCCACCGACCUUCUUCCCUGCAUCUCCCUGUAUCUCAUUUCCGUAUCUUUGGCAGACGCGUCUAAAAGUCCUUACUGUCUGCUUGCCUCUGCUGAAAUUCCGACCUCACCGAAUAUUCUUAUCGAGAGACAGCCUCACAUUUCGACCUCAACAUAGUCGGCCGCUUCGCAAGCACUAGCAGACUCACUGGGCUCAAGAUCGAAAAGACUGUAUAAUGACCUCUACCUCCAAUACUCCAUUUGCUACACCUGGAACGUCUACACCGAACACUAGACCUGGCACACCCAGCAGCCAGCAGCCUACGCCAACCAGCGCGCCGGCGGAUAACCAGCUGCAAGAUGAUAGCUCGAAGCUGCGAACAUUUUUGGGUUUAUUGAGAAAGUUUAUCGGCGUCACAGAUAUCGCCAACGUCCGUUUCUCUUUGCCUUCACAAUUGCUAGAACCUAUACCGAAUCUGGAGUAUUGGCACUAUCUAGAUCGACCUGAGACGUUCGCAAGGUAAGAAUAUGCUGGAUUGUGCUCCGUACAUUGUCAUGCAAAAGAAGAUAAUCUGAGACGCACAUCAUGGCAGUAUCGGCACGUCAGACAGCGAUGUUGGCCGCAUGCUAGAAGUUCUGCGAUUCUGGUUCACCAAAGAUUUGAAAUACGUCAAGGGAAAGCCAUGCAAACCAUACAAUUCCACGUUGGGGGAGUUUUUCAGGUGUCAAUGGGAGGUGACAGAGCCAGCGCCAUCAAUAUCUCAACCAUCCAAAGCCCCACCACAACCACCGGCAGAUCCAUCUGGUGAGACUAGUGACAAGCCGGUACGAAUAUCGUUCUUGACCGAGCAGACGUCCCAUCAUCCUCCCGUCUCAGCAUAUUGGUAUGAUUGCCCAGAGAGAGGCAUCUUCGCGCGAGGCUACGACCAGAUUUCCGCCAAAUUCACUGGCACAUCCGUUCGUGUCGUCCCGGGCAUGUAUAACCGCGGCAUCUUCAUCACUUUAGCCAACCGGGAUAACGAAGAGUAUCAGCUUAUCCAUCCAGCCGCUUCUUUGGGUGGCCUGCUUCGUGGAUCACUGUAUAUUUCCGUGGCAGAUACUUGCUCUGUAACUUGCCCUAAAACGGGGCUCAAGUGUCUGCUGACAUAUGUUGAAGAGAGCUGGUUUGGUAAAGCGCAGAAUCGCGUUCAUGGCCUCAUCUUUCGCUACGACCCCAACGAUGAUAAGUAUACUCGGGUCAAGGAUGUGCCGGAUAAGGACGUCCUUGUGAAGAUUGAAGGAUGCUGGCAAGAACAGAUCACUUACACAAUCCCCAAGACUACAGCGGUCAAGGAAACCGCUGGCCUCGAACCUACAUCAGAUAAGCAGCUUCUGAUUGACUUACAGCCAUUGUUGCCGGUUCCCAAAGUCACGCCACCUUACGAGGAACAGCUUCCUCACGAAUCGCGGUGGUUCUGGAAGGAUGUCACAAACGCCAUUCAAGAAAAGCGGUAUUCUGACGCCACUCGAAUCAAGCAGGACUUGGAGCAAGCUCAACGCGACAAGGCAGCUAAGCGGAAAGAGCUGAACGUCGAGUUCAAGCCACGAUUCUUUACUACUGUCACCGAGCCUAACGGCAAGCCUGAGCUCACUGAGUACGGCAAGGCUACGCUCGACAAGAUGCACAAGCAGACGUAUCAACUCGAACAUAUCCCUGAGCUAGGGGUGGACGAGUAGAACUCGAUGCCGUUUGGAUAGUCAGUCCAGUGUCAAAAGAAGGGGCACUUGAUCACAAAGUGCUGAUACCUGUACCUGGAAUAGAGUCGCAAUGGCAUAACAGUCGAGACAUGUCAUGUUGGAAGCAUAAGCUGAGGAGGAAAUAUACACCUUACGAAACAACCUGAAUUCCUUCUGCAUGUAUAGAUGACAGGACGAGGAAGCACUGUCCAGGGUCGACAGUGGGAGUACUUCCCCGGCUUACUCGACCUUGUCCUUGAUGUUUUUCCCCUCCCACGAUAGCGUGGGAUGGUUUGUUUUGUGGUGAUAGAUUUGGUCAGUGUCCACCUACGGAGUACAAAGCACGAGCUUUCAGCAUUAUUUUGUUUCUAACUUUCUCUGCCAUUGUAUUAUUACAACUCAUCUUGGGACGAUACAUCGUGUUUCGAGACAUUCCAAUGCGACAAAAUGAGGAAUUGCUG